CGGGAGGGAGUGCAGCAUGACCGCCAUCGGCGUGCAGUCCCACAGGCCACUGGGCCAGAGGAGGCCCCACUGGUCCUUCUUUGAGUCCUUCAUCCGGACCCUCAUCAUUGUGUGCACUGCCCUGGCGGUGGUCCUCUCUUCCAUCUCCAUCUGCGAUGGCCACUGGCUCCUGGAUGAGGACCGUCUCUUUGGGUUAUGGCACUUCUGCACCAUCACCAACCAGAGCAGGCCACAUUGCCUCCGAGACCUGAGCCAGGCCCAAGUGCCUGGGCUGGCUGUGGGUGUGGGCCUGGCCCGCAGUGUGGGUGCCAUGGCUGUGGUGGCUGCCAUCUUUGGCUUGGAGCUUCUCAUGGUGUCCCAGGUGUGUGAGAACAUCUACUCUCGGCGCAAGUGGGCCAUCGGUUCCUGCCUGCUGCUGGUCUCCUUCAUCCUCUCCUCUGCAGGACUCUUGGGUUUUGUGAUCCUUCUCAGGAAUCAGGUCACGCUCAUUGGCUUCACGUUGAUGUUUUGGUGUGAGUUUACUGCCUCUUUCCUCUUCUUCCUGAAUGCUGUCAGUGGCCUUCACAUCAACAGCAUUACCCAGCCCGGGUACCAACUAAAGAAACUCUAGGGCCCUCUCUGGAGAACUCUGUUUCGACAAGAAAGCGUGAGCCCCAUGAAAAUUUUCCAACAAGUGACCUCUGGUGGGGAUGGGGUGGUACCGUGACUUGCUGCUGCCUUUUAGCCACGAAGCUUGGGGUUGUUUGCUAGAAAUGGCCCAGGGCCCUCUGCAGCUGGUUGGCAGGGCCAGAGGCCAGGAGUGUACCUCAGUGCCACCAGCUGCACAGGUUUGGCCAAGCUAUCAGGGUGUUGACUUCAAAAGAAAAAAGUAUUAAAACUUGAGUUUCUUCCCUGGA